UAAUUCCACAACUCCCUUCUUUCGAAUUCAUAAUCUUUUGUCAAGAAAGUGAGAAACGUCAAGAAAAGACUGCUUACAAAGUUACAAUCAAUCUUUCUUCCAUUCUACUCACUCUCUCACAAGAUCUCUUAGCAAUUUCAUCACAAUGUCAAGUGCUAGAACAGUGAGGAAAGACAAGCCACGUGGGCGUCAUCAUGGUCUCACUCAACAAAAGAGGCAAGAGAUUAAGGAAGCUUUUGAUCUGUUUGACACUGAUGGCUCAGGGAAUAUUGAUGCUAAGGAGUUGAAUGUUGCUAUGAGGGCUCUGGGUUUUGAGAUGACUGAAGAGCAAAUCAAUCAAAUGAUUGCGGAUGUUGAUAAGGAUGGAAGUGGUGCCAUCGAUUUUGAUGAAUUUUGUCACAUGAUGACUGCUAAAAUGGGAGAAAGAGACACUAAGGAAGAAUUAAUGAAAGCGUUCCGUAUAAUCGACCAAGACAACAAUGGAAAGAUUUCUCCUGAAGAUAUUCAACGUGUUGCAAAGGAAUUGGGUGAAAACUUCACUGUGAAGGAUAUCCAAGAUAUGGUUGAAGAAGCAGACCGAGACCGUGAUGGCGAGGUCAAUGUUGAGGAGUUUUUGAGAAUGAUGAAGAGAACGUCAUUUGCAUAUUGAAAUUGAACCUUGAUUAGCACUGCACCGUGUUUUACUAGAAGCUGCCCCUACUGCUGUAUUUGAAGUGUACAUGUCGAAUGCUAAUGCUGAGCGUUGCAUUUGCUUGGUCUGGCUAUUUUCCUUUGAAGAGUGGGGGAUUGCUAAUGUGUGUUUUAUGGGCUAAUGCUGUUUUAUCUUUUUCCAUAUAAAUUAUUUGUAGCGAAAACUGAUGUGAAUUUGAUAUUUCUGUAGAAGUAAUGUUAAUGCUGAAAAUUGUGGCUUUUGUAUCAAAAUUUUCUCAUUCCUACGACGGAGUCCUACCUUUAUUGGUCA